GCGCCAUUUUAAAGCAGGGAAGUGACACACAGGAGUUCUUGCUUCAACAGUGAUUGAACGGAACUUCUUCCUUCCAACAGCAACCUUUUUCUUGACUACUUCGUUUUUUUAGUUCAGAUCACUACCAAAGUCUUUAUUUUUGUACUAUUUUGUCAAUAAAAGCAAGAAAACCAGCCGCUGAAAUGGAGUCCCAAGUGCGUCAGAACUACCACCGCGACUGUGAGGCCGCCAUCAACAGGAUGGUGAACAUGGAGAUGUUUGCGUCCUACACCUACACCUCCAUGGGCUUUUACUUCUGUCGUGAUGACGUGGCCCUUCCAGGUUUUGCUCACUUCUUCAAGCAUGAGAGUCAUGAAGAGAGGGAGCACGCUGAGAAGCUGCUGUCCUUCCAGAACAAGAGAGGAGGACGCAUCUUCCUCCAGGACAUCAAGAAACCAGACCGUGAUGAGUGGGGCAGUGGGCUGGAGGCCAUGCAGUGUGCUCUUCAGCUGGAGAAGAACGUCAACCAGGCUCUGCUGGACCUGCACAAACUGGCCUCUCAGCAUCAAGACCCCCAUCUGUGUGACUUCCUAGAGACCCACUACCUGAAUGAACAGGUGGAGGCCAUCAAGAAACUGGGUGACCACAUCACCAACCUCACCAAGAUGGAUGCUCAGAACAACAAGAUGGCAGAGUACCUGUUUGACAAGCACACCCUGGAGGGCAAGAGCUAAAUGUGCUGGUUCAGAACUGAGCCUGGCCUCAUCGACACACAAGCUUCAUCUCGAUUAAACAUGAUCUUCUGUCGGCUCUGCUUUAAUAAAGCUCUCCUCUUUAGUAGCGGUGCUACUGUUUAUUUUAAAUGUCAUAUUAGUAACUGCCUUAUUUCACUCUUGGGCUUUCUCUUUGACAUUUUUAAAAAACAUUAUUCAUAAUUUCUGACCUGGUAAUCUGAAUAAACAUUUGAGCUGGA